GGAACUCCCUCCUCCCCCACGGGGCCUUCGCCUGUCGCUCCGUAACCCGGGCCGGUUCUCUCGCAGGUCCCUGACGUGCAGUGCCGGAUGCCUGCACCCAGAGUGCGGGGGGACUGUCGCUGCAGAAGCCCUCACUCCGCAGGCUGUGCAGGCGCAAUGUGGUGGCUGCUCCUCUGGGGAGUCCUCCAGGCUUGCCCCACCCGGGGCUCCGACCUCUUGGCCCAGCAGCUACCCCAGCAGCUGACUUCUCCUGGGUACCCAGAGCCGUAUCACAAAGGCCAAGAGAGCACCACGGACAUCCAGGCUCCAGAGGGCUUUGCUGUGAGGCUCGUCUUCCAGGACUUCGACCUGGAGCCGUCCCAGGACUGUGCAGGGGACUCUGUCACAAUCUCAGCCAGCGGGUCGGAUCCAAGCCAGUUCUGUGGUCAGCAGGGCUCACCUCUGGGCAGGCCCCCUGGUCAGAGGGAGUUUGUAUCCUCAGGGAGGAGUUUGCGGCUGACCUUCCGCACACAGCCUUCCGCAGAGAACCAGACUGCCCACCUCCACAAGGGCUUCCUGGCCCUCUACCAAGCUGUGGGUGAGUGUCUCUCCUGGGGGUGCAGGGACGGAGCCUCUGUCGCCAGCCAUGACCCUGUCUGUGGACGGCCAGUUACCCCCAUUGACCAGAAUCAGACGACCCUCGGUUCUUCCAGAGCUAAGCUGGGCAACUUUCCCUGGCAAGCGUUCACCAGUAUCCAUGGCCGUGGGGGCGGGGCCCUGCUGGGCGACAGAUGGAUCCUCACUGCUGCCCACACCAUCUACCCCAAGGACAGUGUUUCUCCCAGGAAGAACCGGAGUGUGAAUGUGUUCCUGGGCCACACAUCCAUAGAUGAGAUGCUGAAACUGGGGAACCACCCUGUCCACCGUGUCAUUGUGCACCCCGACUACCAUCACAACGAGUCCCACAACUUCAACGGGGACAUCGCCCUCCUGGAGCUGCAGCACAGCGUCCCGCUGGGCCCCAACGUCCUCCCGGUCUGUCUGCCUGACAAUGAGACCCUCUACCACAGCGGCUUGUUGGGCUAUGUCAGUGGGUUUGGCAUGGAGAUGGGCUGGCUAACUACUGAGUUGAAAUACUCAAGGCUGCCUGUAGCUCCCAGGGAGGCCUGCAAGGCCUGGCUCCAAAAGAGACAGAGGCCCGAGGUGUUUUCUGACAGUAUGUUCUGUGUUGGGGAUGAGAUGCAGAGGCACAGUGUCUGUCAGGGGGACAGUGGCAGCGUCUAUGUGGUAUGGGACGAUCGUGCCCAUCACUGGGUGGCCACGGGCAUUGUGUCCUGGGGCAUAGGAUGUGGCAGCGGGUAUGACUUCUACACCAAAGUGCUCAGCUAUGUGGACUGGAUCAAGGGGGUGAUGAAUGGCAAGAACUGA